CCAAACAAUGAGCUUGGUUUGUUAUUUUCUCUUAAUGAAGGCAUUUCUCUUGUUGCCUUCUCUUUCUACUCCGGCGAUGAUUGAUGAGAGAAGGCAUAUGCAAGAGAAAAAAAGUAAGAGUAAUUCAACCUACUACGAAAAGAAAUAAAAGAAAAGGUGAUUAUUGAAAGUGUAGUGAUAAAAUGAAUGACUUAUUCUCUCCUUCGCUUAAAAAGUAUCAGGACCUAAAACAACAGGUCCAGAUGGAUGAUUUGGAAUUAGGGACUGGGGUCACCGGUCCUUCUCAGAACGAAAGCAUUGAUCUUGCUAAGUUCUUCAAAGAUGUAGAGAAUGUGAAAGAGGAUAUGAAGGAGGUUGAGAACUUACAUAAACGAUUGCAAGAAUCAAAUGAAGAGAGCAAAACUGUCCAUAGUGCACAAAAAGUAAAGGAUAUUAGGGCUCGAAUGGACUCGGAUGUGACACUUGUUUUGAAACGUGUCAAGAUCAUCAAAGGAAAACUUGAAGGCUUAGAAAGAUCAAAUGUAGCAAAUAGGAAGAACUUGGGUUGUGGUCCAGGAUCCUCUGCUGAUCGAACAAGGACUUCUAUAGUUAGCGGUUUAGGGAAGAAACUAAAAGUUCUCAUGGAUUAUUUUCAAGCAUUGAGAGCGAAGAUGAAUUCAGAAUACAAGGAUACUGUGGCAAGAAGGUACUUUACCGUAACAGGAGAGAAUGCAGAUGAUGAACUUAUAGAUAAUUUAAUAUCAAGUGGAGAGAGCGAGUCGUUCCUCCAAAAGGCGAUUCAAGAACAAGGAAGAGGACAAAUUAUGGACACAAUUUCAGAAAUUCAAGAAAGACAUGAUGCUGUGAAGGAAAUUGAGAAGAAUUUGAUUGAACUACACCAAAUUUUCCUAGACAUGGCUGCACUAGUAGAAGCACAAGGACAACAAUUGAAUGAUAUAGAGAGUCAUGUGGCACAUGCAAGUUCAUUUGUUAGAAGAGGAACAGAACAACUCACAGAGGCUAGGGAGUUGCAAAAAAGUUCAAGAAAAUGUACUUGCAUUGCUAUUCUCCUUAUCAUUCUUCUUAUUAUUGUACUAACUUUUCCACUUUGGUCACCAUUAAUUACUAGUAGGUUGUAGAAAAUAUUCAAAAUUAAA